AGGGAUAGGAAGAGAUUACGGCGAUGCUGAAACUAAAUGAGGAAGAUUCCAGGAAAAAGCGUGGAUGUACCUAUCAUCGUUCGAUUUGCAAUGUUCACUGAAAGGUAAAUGACAAGGAAAAAAUGCCGACACAUUCACGGAACAAGAAACGAAACACUCGUCCGCCUCCGACACGAGAGGCCGAAUACAAAAUUAUGAUAGAUGUUGUGAACGAUGUUUGUCUGGAAAUUCGAAAAUUUGCCAAAAAAUAUCUGAACGCAGUAGAAUUAAAUUAUGAAAGCUGUGCAGCUUGCUUGGAUGAGCUUCUAACAAGCUGGAAAAUGUCUGCUUCUCAGUUCUCUACCUCCAAGGAAUUCUGGGAAAAACACAAAAUAAAACAAGUGGAAGAAGGCAUCAGAAAGAAGCAGGAUUACAAGAAUUUAGUGUUUAUUUGUGAGAGAGCAAGGACUUUUGAAAAACUGAUUCCAAAUAUUCGGGAAAAUCUUGUGGAAUGUGCAAGGGACCAUUUAUACAAAUAUUGUCGGAGUUUUAUAGAAGAAACCUACGACGAAGUAGAAAUUCGACCUAUAACCGAAUACGAGGAAUGGAUAGUAGCAAGCAAAAAGGAUAUAGACCAAAAAAUUGCUUCUUUGAAUAACAAUAUAUUAAAGUACGGUGAAAUGAAAUCACCAUUUUAUGACUUUAUAUCCAAGGGCAACAUCCACGCAGCAUUAAUGGAAGAAAUAUGUGUUCUGAAUAUUGAAAUCGCUCACGCCAUAAAGAAAUGGAUCGCGGACGAUGCGUCUUAUCCCGAUCGUUUAUUACAAGAGGUCUUUUUCAAUAAUUCAUACAAAGAAAGUCUAGUCGAAAACAUCCGGAAGUUGGAAGAAGAAAAACAAGUCGCCACAAAAAAUUUAGACAAAAAACAAAAAGUUAACUAUUCAAUAAUGAGAGAUCAUGCAUACCAUAAAAAAGAAAAACACAAACUUAAAAACAGCUUAGAGACUGUGAACUUAAAAAUAGAGAGAUUGGAAAAACAAAUUGAAAAUAAAAACACGGAAAUUAAUGAUCUGAGAGAGGCAGUGGCGGACAAAACACCAAUCGCCCCUAGAGAUCGUCAGGAAUUACGGCGGUCGUUAGAGAAAGCGGAGGCGGAUCUAGAUCGUCUCGAGGAGCGGAAGAGUGUGAUGGAAAGACAACACGGGCGGUUAGACAGGGAACUCAAAAAAAUCUCAGAUAGAACUUACGAACUAAAGGUGGAAAUUGUUACCAAACGACACGAACAAGAAGAGAUAAAACAGGGAAUUGUGGGUACUGAGAUUGAAAUGAAAUCCAUCUUAGACCGUCUGAACAGCAUUGAUGAAAAACAAGAAAUUUUGAAAAGAGUGAGAGAACUGAAAUUAUCUCCCGAUACAUUAAGAAGGAUUAACACUAGGAAACAAGAAGUCACCACAAAAGAGAAGUCGCCAUCACCUGUGAUGCAUGCACACUUAGUUCAAAUGGAUGACGCCUGUCGAUAUGUUGCCUUUCACAUUGGACGAGAUUGGAAGAAGCUCUACGAUCGUCUGCCAUUCCAGCCCCCACGUGACCCCGACAGGCGACAAAAGGAUGUGGAAGUCAUCGACACUAUUUCGGCCCGCCAAGACAGAACUCCCGAAGAAUCGGCACUUCGUUCUUUGGAAAAGUGGCGCUCUUUUAACAGACAUGGCGACAUUGUUCAGCUUAUAAAGGGACUUCGGAAGCUAAAUAAAGUUGAGCUAGCACAAAAACUGGAAAGCAAAUUCACUGUUGAAAAUGUUUAUGGAUAA